UACAUCCUCUCAUGUUCGGUAUUUUCUUGCAUGUUAGCCAUCGCUGGAGGGGAACGAAAUGUCUUCUUUGUUUCUUAACCAGGUGAAAACUAAUGUGAGGGACUGUACGCUAGAACCCCGCUAAUAUCAGAACUAGUAUACAAUUAGAAAAAGGCACAAAUCCCAAACGUAAAACUCAGCCAAAAAGCCUAAUUUGGUGUUUUCCAAGUUUUAUGUUUCUUCUUUUUUUAGAAAUUUCUUUUUUCAGGCCGCGAACAGCGUAUGAUUCAAUCUCGCUCAUGUGCAUAAUUUACGGGGCGACGAAAGCGACAGGACACGUGGAAAACGCCAUAUUUGGUGAUGUCCCAUAUUUGUACAGACAUUUUACUUAGCAUAUUAAAAUAGUCGCCACACGAAAACACACACACACACCAGAGGACUUUAAAUUUCCUGAGAGACCGUUUCUUGUGAGCACGUCACUUAUUCGCGCUCGUGUCUAAACGCUAGAAUAAAUUCCUGAUAAAACUGUCGAACGGCUCUUCCGUACAGCUGGGACUGGCGGUCUACACUCCGGUACACCGCCGGGACACCUAACGUUUACCUGUCAGACACCGACUGAUAGACGGGACACAAGUUUGAACGAAAGUCACCUGGCCACCGGGACCAACACAGUGACAUGGCAGUUGAUGACAGUGAAUUCGACUGGACCUUUGGGAACGUCAGUAACUCGACGGGCCCGAACGCGACCCUCCCCGAGCCUUACGUGGGUGCGGCCGCCAUCCUGGAGAACCUGCCGGUCUCCGUGCCCACCAUCCUGACCUACGCCGUCUGCUUCCUUCUCGGCACCGUCGGGAACGUGCUGGUGAUCUUCUCCGUGGCGCGUUUCCGGCGGCUCCGCUCCACCACCAACUACCUCCUGGGCAACCUGGCCACGGCGGACCUGCUGAUCGUGGCGCUGUGCGUGCCCGUCAAGGCGGCGGAGUUCUUCCUGCCGUCCUGGCAGCUGGGCGGCUUCCUGUGUAAGGCCACGGCACUCCUGCAGUUCCUGUCCGUCAUCUGCUCCGUCCUCACGCUCACCUGCAUCUCCAUAGAGAGGUACUUCGCCAUCAUCUACCCGAUGCAGAUCCGGAGCGUGUUCACCGUGAGCCGUGCGCGCCUGCUCAUCGCAGCCAUCUGGGUCGUCUCCUUCCUCUUUGCCAGUCCCGCUCUCGUCUCACAGACGCUGGUAGAGUACGACUGGGGUACAGGUGAGAUCAUUUACCACUGUCAGCAGGUGUGGCCGACCGACACCCACCGCCAGCUCUACUCCAUCUACGGCCUCCUCCUCCUCUUCGUGUUGCCCAUGGCAACCAUGGGGCUGUCGUACGGCCGCAUCAUCCGGGAGAUCCUGAGGAGACGGAGGAAGGUGCUGAGACAGAGAGUGACGGCAGAUGCGGAGGUGGAAGAUGAAAAACGCAGCAGUUCUUUCGUACGGCAAGAAACGGUGGAGGAACUUUUGACAUUGCCGCACAGCGACCACGAUCUCCCGACACCAAAUGGCAAGGGUGGCCGAUUGUUAGAGAUAGAAAUCGGAAAGGUUAACAAGGGAUACGAACUCAGCCCCAGAAACUCCAACAACCCACACCUUGCUUCGAACGAAGAGAGUGCAGAGGGUGGGAGAAAAGACUCGGGCGAAGAGGCUCUGUCGUCCGCCGAAGAAGACGAAAAACCCGCGCGAAAAUCCUCCAAAGAUCUGUUGAGAAAAUACAAGUCCCUCCCGGUGGAGCUGGAUGAAUGCCGCAGACAGGAACGACUGGAACAACGACGCAACACAGACGCGGACAUCUUGGACCACCCGCUCCUCCUGCCGCAAGACUCUGAAGAAGAGGAUCGAGGAACCCGCUUGUUGGAACGUCUGCGGAGUUUCCGCAGGACGCUCUCGUGCCGAGGAAGGCCGAGGACGUCCUCGGAGGAGACUGACAAGGUGCUGGCCGCCAGGAGGAGGGUGAGACGGGUGGCUGCAAAGCGGGAGUCCAGCAUGACCGGAAACUUCUACAAGUCUACACACGUGCUCGCCGACGAGGAAGGGAUGAAAAUCUUGCGGAUGCUUCUGGUGGUAGUGUUUGUCUUCGCGCUCUGCUGGUGCCCUCGUCUCAUCCUCCUGACCUUGACGAAGUUUAACCUUGUGAACGUGCACACGGAGCUGGUGUACGCCAUGGACAUCACCUUUCACCUCAUGACGUACCUCAACAGCUGCGUCAACCCCGUCUGCUACGCCUUCAUGUCACGUCACUUCCGCCAGAGCUUCAAAGACACAAUGUCUUCGAACUGCAAAAAGAAAGCCAUUGGACGCCAAGGCACUCCGGACAUCCUGCUGACCACUACAUGCUCGUCAAAACGCCGGGCACUGGACAUCACGGCCACGGUGAGUGGACUGACCGAUGCGGGGACAACCCGUAUUAGCCGGGCUAGCACCGGCACCGCGCCUUCGCGCAUCUCUGUCACCAGCUACGGUCGCACCAGUACGACUACAGCGCCCCCAAACAUGUGCAUCACUACAGAGGUUUAGACAAGCAGUCACACAAACCAGGCAAGCCAUGAAUACCGGUAGUGUUGACAAUGGGUACCCCGGGUGUGGUGUUAACAGCUACGCCAAAAGUUGGGUAGCGGUCGUACCAGUACGACUACAGCGCCUCUGAAUAUGUACAUCACUACAGAGGUUAAGACAGGCAGUUAGACGAACAAGGCAUGUACGAGUACCGGCAGUGAUGACAAUGGUACACCGGUUUUGAUGUUAACAUUUACGUCAAAAUGUGGGUAGCGGUCGUACCAGUACUAUGUACAUCACUACAGAGGUUAAGAUAAGCAGUCACAUGGAAUAGGCAUGCAUAAAAAGUAUCAGCGGUAUUGACAAUGAGUGCGGUGUGACGGUUGCGUUGGGUAGCGGUAAAAAUACGACUAGUGAUUGCUAUGUUUGUGUGUGGACGUGGGUUCAGCACAGUGUAUUUUUCACAUUGACCACUUGAUAUCGGAAAUAGGAUUGCAUGGAGAUGGGUAGUGUCGACUAUAUAUGUAGUGUUGAAGUUUGCAUUGGAUAUACUGCAUUGGUAAUAUUUCAGAAAGAGACAGCUAUGUUUUACUGCCUGUUUAUGUUGUUCAGUGCCAAGGACAGGUAUGUUAUGUUUGUCGAUGUUUGGAUUGUAUUUUGCACCAAGGAAAGUCUGUGUAUGUUUGGACUGUCUUCAGCACCAAGGACAGGUAUGUUUGUGCAUGGAUGGUGUUCAGGACCAGGUGUGUUUACCUGCCUGGAUGGUGUUCGGCCCCCAAGGAAAGGUGUGUUUGUCGAUGUUUGGAUUGUAUUUAGCACCAAGGAAAGUCUAGUGUCUAGUUUUUGAUUGUGUUCAGCACCAAGGACAGGUAUGAGUGGCAAUCAGCACCAGAUUUGCUAAAAUGUUUCUAAUGGUAGAUUUCACGGUACAUUGCACUGUAUACUUUACUGUAAUAGAUAUUAUAUACCCAGUAUGUACCUAUCAUGAUAUACUGUUGAUACCCAACUUUAGGAUGGUGAGGCCAGUGUGUAACACAGCAUUUGAUGUAGUGACAAGGGAAUGGGGCUGAUGUUUCCAGCAUCAAGAAAACUUAUCCAUUGAUGUGUUAUGAUGUGAUAUCAAAGUUUGUACAGCACUUUAUAUUUUGUAUAUUGUCAGGAAUAGUCACCAGAUGACAGAUCGUAUCUGAUUGUAUAACAUGGUGUACUCACUAUGACCUAGCCAUCUUGCACCCACCCACCCCCAAAUUCUCCUGCCUUUACAGGUAGAUAAGGAAGCAUAACAAUCUUCACAUAACGUUAUAUCUGUGUGUGGUCUUGAGUCAUUUGGAUAGACAUUAAGUGCACUUUGUCAUAAGUGAUUACUUUCAAUUGUGUAAGAGUUCGUUGAUAGAUAUCAUCUAAAUGUGUACAAUAAACUUGAAGUGGCCUUGUAUAGAUAUUGAACCUAGUAUAAUUAUAGUAACCCUAUCAUGUUUUUCUCUAAAUCACAACACUUCUAUAAGUACAACUAGAAUGCACUGACAGUUGUAAAAAACAACAGCAUAUUCCAUGUAUAUAUAAAUCAGUUAUUGACCCUUUGUGGAAUGGUUUGAGUGCAAGUGUCCUUUUACCUAUAAAAAUUGUCAUGGACAUCUGUAUGUUUUCCUUGUGAAAUACAACAUUGAAGUCA